UUCUUAAAUGAUGAAAUAGAGGCGAAUACUAGUGAAUUUGAAGCAUUUCGGGUAUCAGAUUAUUCUGACGAAGAAGAAGAUAAUAGCAAUAAUGAAGAGGAAGAAAAUGGUAAGGAAAUGACAACAUUAGACUGGGGUGCAUGUAUUAAUCAUUGGAUUGAAAUGGUUAAUGAUGAAUUAUAUGAGGACGAAAUUAAUAUUAAAAAUCGAAGUAUAGAUAGAAAUAUUCAUCUAGCAGAAGAUUCAAAAGCAAAAUAG